GCUUCCUCCUCCAUAAUGAGGAAAAGAAAGACAACAGAUUCCUCAACAGAUCUGAGUGAAGGGAGGGAGAAUUUAAGGCUGAAGCAAGAGGUAGGUGUGAUCAGUGGAGUGUCAUUUAUUGCAGGCACCAUGGUAGGCUCAGGGAUCUUUAUGUCCCCUGAGUGGGUGCUGUAUCAUAUGGGAAGCCCAGCCAGCAGUCUCGUUAUCUGGGCUUCGUGCGGGCUCCUGGCCAUGCUUGGAGCCUUGUCUUAUGCUGAGCUUGGAACAAUAAUUAAAGAGUCUGGAGGAGAAUAUAUUUACAUCUUGAGGAUUUUUGGUCCCCUUCCUGCCUUCCUUUUUGCCUACAGUUCUGUUAUCCUGGUGAGACCAGGUAGUUUGGCAGCUGUCUGCCUGAGCUUUGCUGAAUACGCUGUAGCACCGUUCUACCCUGGAUGUGCAUCUCCUCAGAUUGUCAUCAAAUGUACAGCUGCUGCCUGCAUCCUGCUUUUAACUAUCAUCAACUGUCUCAACGUGAAAUUGGUGACAUCUAUUAUGAACAUUUUUACAGCUGCCAAACUCUUGGCUUUGCUUGUGAUUGCGGUGGGAGGAUUAGUGCUGCUUGCCAAGGGACACACUCAGAAUUUUCAGAAUGGGUUUCAAAACACGACUGCAGGUAUUGCACCUAUUGGAGUGGCAUUUUAUCAGGGACUGUGGUCCUAUGAUGGGUGGAACAACCUGAACUAUGUAACUGAGGAACUGAAGAAGCCCGAGGUGACCCUUCCAAGAGCUGUGAUGAUUGCCAUUCCUUUGGUGACAUGCCUGUAUUUGCUAGUAAAUGUGAGCUACUUUGCAGCCAUGACUCCAUCUGAACUGCUGUCUUCGGGAGCAGUGGCUGUCACUUGGGGGGACAAAGUCCUGGGCAGCUGGGCAUGGCUGAUCUCCUUGUUCGUGGUGCUAUCUACGUUUGGUUCAUCUAAUGGCACCUUCUUUAGCGGAGGUCGCUUGUGCUACACUGCUGCAAGGGAAGGCCAUAUGCCAGACAUUCUGUCGAUGGCUCAUGUGCGACGCCUCACACCCUCCCCUGCGCUGAUGUUUACAUCCGCUUUGUCUUUAAUAAUGAUACUAUCGGGAAGCUUCACAACCAUCGUGAACUUUUUCAGUUUUAUUGCAUGGUUUUUCUAUGGCAUGACUAUUUUGGGUCUUCUGUAUUUAAAAAUCAAGAAACCAGAACUGCCAAGAUCUUACAAGGUCCCAAUUGUCAUCCCCAUAAUCGUGUUGGUGGCAGCUGUUUACUUGGUGUUAGCUCCCAUCAUUGAUCAACCCAAGUUCGAGUUCCUCUACCUCAUCCUGUUCACUUUGAGUGGUAUCAUUUUCUACCUCCCCCUGGUUCGUUUCAAGUACCACCCCCGCUUUUUGAAGAGAAUUACUUUACAUCUCCAGUUGCUUCUGGAAGUUGCUCCAACUACUAGGAAUAAAAACUGA